AUGUGGGACGUUUGCCAGCAGUUGUUGGGGGUUCUCUUUAUGAUAGAGGAGGGAAGCAGAAUCUUAGAGAACACCCGAAAGCUGGUCUCAGGACAUACAGGCACCCCUCUAGCGGACCCUCUGCUAGCCGCAGAAGCCUUCCCACCAACCCGUUCUAACUGGGACCCCAACACAGCAGAAGAUGGGAGCAGUUUCGUGCAAAAUGGGCACAGGUAUGCUGAGGGUGCAGGGACAACAGCCCACACGGUAAUCUGGGCGGAGGCCCUGCCCUCGGGCACCUCGGCCCCGAAGGCCGAACUGAUAGCAUUAACAAGGGCCUUGCAGCUAGGAAAAGACAAGAGAAUCAACGUCUACACGGACAGCAGUUCUGCAAGGAGCGAGCCGAGCCGCUCGCCCUUCUUCCCUGGGGCUCCCCGCGGAUCCCAACAACACACAAUGCCGCCCUUAGCGGCCAACAGGGUCACCCUCCAGGAGCUGGCCGACCUGGCGAUCGGCACUCCAGAGGUGGGAGCGGUGAACUUCACGGCCCUGCAUACCCUGAUAGUGGCCAUACUCAAGAGCCUCAACCUCCAACAGGUAGUGAUUGACUUCCACAGCCCAUCGGCAACUGAGCCUCGCCGCUCAGCUGAGUCGAUCCGAGAUGCCAUCAGCACCCCACAAGUGUCAAGCAGCAAAGAGAAGCGCCGGAGUGUGACCAAACAGUCAUCUCAACAGACCCUGGAGAGCCAGGUGAAGGACCUGGGCAGCCAGGUCCUGGACCUCAGCAAGCAGCUUAAGAAUAUGGACAACAAAGUACAGGGCAUUGCCAUGCACGUGGAACACAUCUCCACAGGCACUGACCUCUUCCAGGAGUUCCCCAAGACGGAAGAGGAGACGGCUCUGCUGGCCCCACAUCAUCAUAUAUCCCCACAUAUAUCCCCACAGACAUCUCUGACAAAGCCCACAAAGAUCUACGAAUCCACGGAGAUGGUGGACAAGUCUGAGCCCACAGUGGGGAUGCCCCCCGAGACAGAACCAAAGCUCGUAAAGACUCAGGAAGAUACCAGCCCAGCUAAGUCCUCGAGUGUGCUCCAAGACCUCAUAGAAGACGUGAAGGUUCUGAAAGAAGCCCACCAGAAGGUGCAGGAGUCACCUGAGCUGAACGUCCAGAGCUCAGAUUCAUCGUCAGCAACGCUUGGCAAGCGUAAAAUGACAUUGCCAAUAUCAAGCGACCUUCCAAGUGGACUGUUUCCCAAGACUCCCACUGAUGGCCAGGCUCUGGGUUCCACCGGUGGCCCAGAACAGAUGUUAGCCAGCGGUGUGGAGCGCCCCCCUGAGAGAAUCGUUGGCAGAGACCAGAGCAGAGCCAGAGAUCUGCCCUCACGGGCCCGGGAGCCAUCCCAGGUCACAUCAGAAGCAGAUCGCCAGAGGAUGAGAGAGUCUGCGGCUCUCACAGGCAAAAGAAGAGACGAACAACAGCCUGGCCCAACCCCAAAAGUCGUACCUCCAGUCACAGACCAGCAUGUUGGGGCACCCGCUAGUCAGGACCAAGUCUUGCCAAGUCCAGAGGAGCGUAGGAUCGCACCAUUUGGCAUGGAUCAACCUCCAGGGCUCUAUCCUGGCCCUUAUCCUCCAGCUGUGAUACCCCUCACUGUACCUCAGCUGGGUGUAUUACCGCCAGAGAUGGAUGCCCAGGGAUUGAUACCUCUCGCUGUGGAUGAGAGUGGUGUACUGCCACCGUCGGUACCUGACGGGGGUCAACAAAGACUGGAAAAAGCUAGUACAACUCAGCUUGCUACAGUUCCACUCAGCAUGUAUCAACAAGCCGUGAUCCUUCCUAGCACAGACCAACCUGGCAUGGAACAGGCUGUCACAUAUGACAGUGGUAUGGGACCAUGGGACACGAGUAGACAAGGGUUGAUACCAGUUGGCAUAAAUCAGCAUGGAUUUGUAAUAUUAAGCACAAGUCAGCAAGGACUAAUCAGCCCUGGUGUGGAUCAGCAGGGAUUGGUAAUACCUGGCAUAGAUCAGCGUGUACUCCCUCCAUCUCUUCCAGAUCAAUAUGGCUUGAUGUCACCUGGUUUGAUGCAAGUUAGUACAGAUCGACAAGGCUUUGGACAGCCCAGCUUAGCAGCACCAGGCUUCGCACAACCUGGAGCAGAUCAGCGUGGCUUGGUGCAGCCCAGUGUAGAUCAGCGAGGCUUGGUGCAGCCCAGUGUCGAUCAGCGUGGCUUGGUGCAGCCCGGUGUAGAUCAGCGUGGCGUUGUGCAGCCCGGUGUCGAUCAGCGAGGCUUGGUGCAGCCCGGUGUAGAUCAGCGAGGCUUGGUGCAGCCCGGUGUCGACCAGCGUGGCUUGGUGCAGCCCGGUGUAGAUCAGCGUGGCUUGGUGCAGCCCGGUGUAGACCCGCGUGUUUUGAUGAAGACUGGAACAGAUAGACGUGCUUAUGCCGCUGGGUUGAUGCAACCUGGUAUAAUUCAGGAUAGUUUGGUACAACCUUUUGUGCAGCCUGGUGCAGACUGGAGUUAUGCGCAACCUGGAGUAGAUCGACUCGAUAUGGCACAACCAGGCGCAGUUCAGCGUGGCCUGGUGCAACCUGGGACAUUCCCUGGUGGUUGGAUGCAGCCUGAUACAUAUUCACCUGGCUUGGUCCAACCUGGUAUAGGUCAAUAUGGUUUGGUUCAGCCAAGUGUAGCACAACGUGGUGAAGAUCAGCGUGGUUUGAUGCAACCUGUCAUAGAUCAACUAGACUGGAUGCAACCUGGAAUAGAUCGCAGUGGUUCAGUACCACCUGGUGCAGAGGAGAGCAGCUUAUCCCAACCUGGAAUGGGUCAACAGGGUUUGGCACAACCUGGCAUGGAUCAGUAUGGUUUUGUGGAACCUGGUGGAAUUCGGCAGCCUGGAGCAGUUCAGCGUGGCCUGGUGCAGCCUGGCUCACUACAGCCCAGGGUAGAUCAGCCUGGUUUGUUGCAGCCCAGGGCAGCUGGGCUUGGUAUGAUGCAACCAGGAAUAGUUCAGCCUGGUGCAGGCCCUAUUGGUUUGGUUCAGCCUGGUGCAGGCCCUAUUGGUUUGGUUCAGCCUGGUGUGGGCCCUCUUGGUUUGGUUCAGCCUGGUGUGGGCCCUCUUGGUUUGGUUCAGCCUGGUGUGGGCCCUCUUGGUUUGAUUCAGUCUGGUGUGGGCCCUCGUGGCUUGGUUCAGCCUGGGAUGGGCCCUCGUGGCUUGGUUCAGCCUGGUGCAGGCCCUCGUGGCUUGGUUCAACCUGGUGCAGGCCCUCUUGGUUUGGUUCAGCCUGGUGUUCACAUGCCUAGCUUGGCUCCACUUGGUGCAUACCCCCCUGGUGCUCCUCAUCCACGUGGUUUGAGACAACCCGUUUCAAGUCAACCAGGCUUCGUAGCACCAAGCAUAGAGCUCCGUGGCUUUCAACCAGAUCUAUAUCUAACUCCCGAACAAGCCAGGCAAGAUAUAUUUCCUAUCACGGACCGUCAGGGCCCAGAUCAUCAAGGCCCGAGAAUCCAGUAUGACCAAACACAGGCUGUCCUGGGUUACCCUAGCCGAGGACACACGGUUGAUGUGUCUAGCCAGGCCUCUUGGGAUCCGAGCAGGAAACAUGCCUUUGUUCAAUUUGAAUUGGCGACCACAGACCAAGACACCACUGACUCCAGCACUCGCGUGUCCUUGAGCUACCCCCAGCAACUCUCCUCAGGCAGUGAGGUCCACAGCGAGCGGCAGGAGUCGCUGGGGAAAUUGGCCCCAAGUUUCCCCAUGGCAGUGGAAACAUUCCGCCUGAUGGGCGAGCUUGUUAGCCUUUAUACGGAACUGAAGGAGCACAUGAAGGAUUUGGAUGAGGACCUCUCCGGCCAGUCGGACUUGGAGAAAGUCCAGUACCUCCUUUCCACGAUGGUCAAAAAGACCAUACCUCAGGACCUGCAGGAGCAGAUGAAGAGCCUGAAGACCUUGGCCAAGGAAGUGCGGAAGGAGAAAGACAGACUGGAGAAGAUACAGAAGCUGAUAGAUGGAGACAGCUCUUCAGGGAAGGAAAUGAAGCCCAAUCAGCUGACUUUGCAGCUGGGCAUCCUCAGGGUCACGGUCUCCGAUAUCGAGAAGGAGCUGUCUGAGCUGAGGGAGAGCCAAGAGCGAGGCAAGGCCGCCAUGGAGAAUUCAGUCUCUGAAGCCUCCCUCUACCUUCAGGAUCAGCUGGACAAGCUCAGGACCAUCAUUGAGAGCAUGCUGAGCUCCUCCUCCACGCUGCUGUCCCUGAGCAUAACCCCACACAAGUUCACCAACACCCUGGUGCCCGGCCAGAUCGACCCUGAGGCCACCUGCCCAGCCUGCAGUCUGGAUGUGGGCCACCAAGUCAGCCUGCUGGUCCAGCGCUAUGAGCAGCUGCAGGACAUGGUCAGCGGCCUGGCUGCCUCGAGGCCCUCCAAGAAGGCCAAGCUGCAGAGCCAGGAUGAGGAGCUGCUGGGUCACGUGCAGAGCGCCAUCCUGCAAGUCCAGGGCGACUGCGAGAAGCUCAACAUCACUACCAGCAACCUCAUUGAGGACCAUCGGCAGAAGCAGAAAGACAUUGAAGUGCUGUACCAGGGCCUAGAGAGGCUGGAGAAGGAAAAGGCUGACCGAGAUCACCUGGAGAUGGAGAUCGACGUAAAAGCAGACAAGAGCGCUCUGGCGUCCAAAGUGAGCCGGAUCCAAUUUGACGCCACCACCGAGCAGCUGAACCACAUGAUGCAGGAACUGGUGGCCAAGAUGAGCGGACAGGAGCAGGACUGGCAGAAACUUCUGGACAAGCUCCUGGCGGAGAUGGACAGCAAGCUGGACCGCCUGGAGCUGGACCCACUGAAGCAGAUGCUGGAGGACCGCUGGAAAUCGCUGCGGCAGCAGCUCAAAGAGCGCUCUCCACUCUACCAGGCAGACGAGGCAGCUGCCAUGCGCAGGCAGCUCUUGGCUCAUUUCCACUGCCUGUCCUGCGACCGUCCCUUGGAGACAUCUGUGACUGGACAGGUCCUCUCUAUGACCCCUGUAGUUCCCAGCAUGCCAGGGCACCGUUCUAUCCGGCCUUAUACUGUGUUUGAGCUAGAGCAGGUCCGACAGCAGAGCCGCAACCUGAAAUUGGGCGGCAGCUUCUCUCGGGGCGAUCUGUCCCAGAUGGAGCGGAGUGUGGGGCGCCUGCGCAGCAUGCACUCCAAGAUGCUGAUGGACAUCGAGAAGGUGCAGAUCCACUUCGGAGGCUCCGUGAAGGCCAGCAGCCAGAUGAUUCGAGAGCUGAUGCACGCUCAAUGCCUCAGCCACCCGUGCUACAAACGGGGGGUAGAUACGGCAGACUAUACCUACUCCACGGUGCCCCGGCGCUGUGGGGGCAGCCACACCCUCACCUACCCUUACCGCCGAAACCGCCCGCAGCACCUGUCUCCGCUGGAGGAGAUCCAGAUUGCCAUGAAGCAUGAUGAGGUUGAUAUCUUGGGCCUUGAUGGACACAUCUACAAGGGACGAAUGGAUACCAGGUUGCCAGGCAUCCUGGGGAAAGAUGUGCUGACCUGCCUCCUGUCCUUCCCUGCCCCAGGAAUGACAAAGCACAAGUCCAAGCAGCUGCAACAGCUCCAGCAGUUACAACAGCUGCAUCAGCUGCAGCAGAUGCAGCAGCUUCAGCAGGCUCAGCAGGCCCAGCAUGCCCGGCCCCACGUGCACAGACAGCCUUCCCUGGGCAACGGCGGCCUGCCACCCUCUCGGCCUCAGAGUGCACAGAUGCUGGCUGACAGCAAUUCAGUUCCUUCAGGGCAAAAGAAAGACAGACCCGUCUCCUCUGAGGGGCGUCUCUCCCAGCUGAAUGUGGCCCACGCAUCCAUCCCCACAGAGAUGGCAGGUCUACAGGGUGGCCCAUCUGGUCUGAAUGUUCACAUGGAUGUACCUCCUAGAGAGGGGAUGGAGGAGCCCACCCGGGGCCCGAGGUCCACCACUGCUCACUAAACAGAGACAGAAAUAAAAGUUUUGAAAGAAAGAGUCUGAGUGCCAGGA